UUUAACUAGUAUAAAUAAGAGAGCAAGCACUUCUGUCUUAUCCAUUAAACUUACAUCCUUGACAAAACUCUUUUAAGGGAGCCAUUUCUUGCUACCUUCUUCUGACAACUUUCUUGAACACAUUAAGUGGAAAAUCAUGUCAUACCUGUCACCCAUCCUGGUAAUUGGUGGAGGCGGAGGCAAGAGUUUUAAUUUUAAUGGUGUUGGAAAUGGAGCCACACUGAAAAAGAUCUGGGUGUGGGCCGGCGGCUGGCAGAUAAAAGCCAUCAAGGUUUGGCUUACUGAUGGCCAGAUCGGACAGUUUGGAGAACCUGCAGGGAGGUUUUCAGAAUUUUCCUUUGAAGAUGGAGAGCAUUUCACCUCCCUUUCACUUUGGGGAAAUGGAGCUGGAACACGUCUGGGUGCCAUCAAAUUCAGGACAAAUCGCUCCCGUGAGUUCUUUGCACAAAUGACAGACUGGGGUCUGAAAACAGAAUAUCCAAUUGACGUGGGUUCUGGGAUCUGCGUGGGAAUCACAGGACAUUCUGGUGCAGAUAUGGAUUCCUUAGGCUUUGAAUUCAUUAACACAGUCAAGUCUACUAAGCUAACAAAUGUUCAGUAUCCCACACUUCAUGAUGUGAUACCUAAUGUGGCUGUUGAGGAAAUCAAAUCCACAACUUAUGAAAAUAAGUCUACUCAAACUCAAGAGUAUAAGCUAGAAACCUCCAAAACAAUCAUCAGAAAGUCCUCCUGGUCUGUUACCAACAAGCUUGAAUUCACAUUUAGUAUGGAAGUGAAGGCAGGAAUCCCAGAGGUUGUUGAAGUGUCAGCUGGAUUCGGUUUCACAGUGGGAACUGAGAGCUCAUAUGGUUUAGAGAACAGCGAGGAGAGAACUGAGCUGUUCUCUUUUCCUGUCAAAGUCCCUCCAGGGAAAACCGUGCAUGUGGACAUCACAAUUGGCCGGGCUACAGUUGAUCUCCCCUACACUGGCACAGUCCAGAUUACCUGCUAUAAUGGAAGUGUGCUGGAGUUUCCAACCAGUGGAAUCUACAAAGGCCUUAAUUACACUGAUGCAAAAGUAGUUGUGAAGGAAUAAACAGGAAUAAAAGCCUGUAAAUUCGACAUUCACAGUUAGGGCUGUGUGCAGACACACUGUUCGAUUGGUUAAAGAUUAUUUUAACACACACUCUGAGAAAUGAAUACAACAUCUCAUUUUAUGUUUUCGCAGAUUUAAUAUGAUUGUAGCUUGCUUUAAGCACAUUUUCUUUUUAUUAUUACUGUUUCACACUUAAAAUCUGUAUCCUGUGCUUAUACGUUUCUGUAAAGCUGCUUUGAGAUAACUGAAUUGAAUUGAAAAAAGUUUCACUUGUUAACGCACUACUAUGGAGAUGAUUCUUCUGUUUCAUUUUAAUCUGCAAAGUUUUCAAUUAAUAAAAUUGUUCACUCCAUCUGAUUUUCAAUAAAAACUUCAUAUUGCUUUUGUUGUA